AUGAAAAGAGGCACAUCAACAAAGGGUUCCAGCGGUAGUAAUAACAGUGGCAAUGACAAUAGUUCAAGCAAUACUUCCAAUACUGGAUCGGGGAUUUUGAGCAAUCUCAAGAGAUUGACGAAUACUUCUACUUCCUCUAAUGGGGCUCAACAACGAAUAGAGCCGUCAGAUAUUUCUUCACCGAAAAAAGUUGUGGUACCAAGUCGAGUAACGAAUGCUAACGAUCUUAGACCUCUCAACAAGAAAAAUACAUUGAAUACACAAAAUAUAUCACAGUAUAUCAACAGCAAGGCAUCGAAUGAACCUUCAGAUUACCGAUCGAGAUCUCCUUCGGUACCGCCUAAUGCAAAACACACGCACUCUAGAAGAUCUUCCAACCAAACAUCUAUUUUGACAGGUCAUUCGGGCCUAUCUAGACAACCAACUAAUCAAAGCUUCUCCUCUAGCAGUAUAAUAUCACAGCCCUCUACCUCUAAUUUGGCUAGAUUUAUGACUUCGGAUGGCGUAAUAAAGCUAGACAUGCCUAAGGAUACUCAUGAGAUUGAGAGCUUGUUUGAAGACAUCAUGUAUAAAAGAAAUAUCUUCCAAUCCCUGUCGCCCCAAAAGCAACACGAACUUAUGAGUUACGAUAUCGACAAGAAGUGGUUAAUCGUUAAACAGGAUCUUCAAAGUGAAUUGAAGAAAAUGCUAGCCAAGAACGGUGGCUCUCACCCGUCAGUCCCUAAGACAAGCAUAGACCUAACCGCAAGUUCAGGAAAUCUUAAUAUCACAUCGUCUAGAUCAUCGGUAGUUUUCGAUAAUAGUAAUGUACCGUUGGCAAAACCUAGCAAAAAAAACAAUUUUGCGUCAAAUCAAAUAUCGACCAGUAACAGCAACAGUUUUUAUGAGUUGGCAGAGAAAAAUUCCACUAGCUCAACUUUAUUGUCAGAUAAAAUUAAUAGACCACCAAUUCAUUAUGUCAAAAAACUGAUAGCUGAUAAGCUAUCAAAAGACGAAAUGAAUGAUUUGUGGGUUACUUUACGAACAGAACAGUUGGACUGGGUUGCCAUUUUUUUAGAGCAUCAGGGCCACAUAGCUAUGGCAAAUGUAUUAAUGACAUCAAUAUACAAAACGGCUCCAAAUUCAUCUUUGAAUUCAGACACGCUUGACAAGGAGAAUUCAUUUUUCAAGUGUUUUAGGGUUCUUUCCAUGCUUGCUCAAGGUUUACAAGAAUUUUCACAUCAUUCUAUCAUGGCUGAUACUGUUGCAAAUGCUUUAUUUUCAGUAAGGCUUGCCACAAGAAAAAUGGCUACUGAAAUAUUUGUAUGCAUGUUGGAAAGUAAGAAUAAAGCAAGGUUUGAAGCUGUUCUAAAUGCUCUGGACAAGAAAUUCAAAGUCGGCGAGAACUUGCAUAUGGUACAAUAUAUGAAGAAUUUACCGCAGCACUUUUCACAUUUCACUUCGGAAAGCAUGUUCAAGGUAGUACAAGCUUGGAUGUUUUCUGUGGAAAAGACUUUAGAAGGUCGAGGUAAAAUGGGAUCGCUAGUGGGAGCAUCUGAUGAUUUCAAAUCAUCUGGAGGUGAGAAUGCCAUUUUAGAGUAUGCUCAGUGGACAAUGGUUUUCAUAAAUCAUCUUUGCAAUGGUACGGACGUUUUAAAUCAGAGAAUCCUAUUAAGAACUCGCUUAGAGAAUGCAGGCUUCAUAAGAAUUAUGAAUAAGCUAAAAGUUUUUGAUUAUGAUAAGCUCACUGAGCAAAUAAACUAUUACGAAAACGCUAAACUUGAUGACCUCAAUUUAGCAUUAGAAGCGGAGAAUGAUACUCACGACAUAAAUAUGCAAGAUUCCGUGCAGAUUCUUCAAAAGCUUUCUGACCACUGUAAGGGAACUGAGAAUGAAAGGCUGUUGAACACAUUGGUCAAACACUUAUUCCUCUCGAGUGCGAGGCUAAUAGAAAACAAAGAAGAUCCAACAAAACUAUCUAAGCAGCUUAAGCUCAUGGAUUCUUUAGUAACCAAUAUAAGUGCUUCUUCAACAGAUGAUAAUUCAGGGAUGAACAUGGCUAUUCAGCGACUUUACGAUUCAAUGCAAACCGAUGAAGUAGCGCGUCGUGCAAUUCUGGAGAGCAGGACAUUGACCAAAAAGCUGGAAGAAGCACAAGCAGAACGAGAUAUUUUAAGCCAAAAGUUGAGUGCUGCGGGAAAUGGUCUUGUAGGUCAACUUGAGGUUGAAUUGCAAGAAAGGGACAACAUUUUGGCCAAAACGCAGAGAGUAACGCGACAAUUACAAUCAGAGUUAGAAGAAUUGAAGAAAAAACAUCUUUUAGAAAAGCAUGAACACGAGGUUGAGCUUCGUAAAAUGUUGACUUUAUUCAAUUCCAGAACAGGAGAAACUGAAAGCUCGAAGGACAGGCAGGUCAGAUCCAACGUUCCAGGCACUCUAGAUCCAGAAAGACAAACAAGCAUCCAACGGGUACUUCAAGAAGGUUUGCAAAAAACCAAAAAAGAUAUAAGUACUGACUCAAAGAGAUUUGGAAUCACUUUACAGCCUAAUAAGAGACUCGAACAACUGCGAUCUCGAAUGGAAGACAUUGAAUCACAAGCAAGAGAACUUGAAAUGACUAACUUCGCGGAUCAUAAGGCCAAAGUAUUACAGGCGCCUGUGGAGAUUCAAAAAGGCACACAGUUCAAGGUACAUAAAGAACAAAGCGUCCAUAAGUUGAAUGAACUAAGAAAGGCCUUAGGUGACAUUCAGAGAGAAACGAAUGAUGUUUCUAAGUUUAAUGUGGAAGAAAGAGUUAAUGAACUAUUUAACGAGAAGAAAAACCAAGCGCUUAAAAGAUUGAAGGAGCUGGAGACUCAAUAUAAGAACUAUGGAUUGGAACUGAAUUUAGAUGACUUUUCAGAUAUAAAUUCUCGGUCUGAUAAAAGUUGCAGCGAUAAUAUACACUCGACUCUCGACCCUAAGGCCUUCCAGCGAAAGUUAGAUGAAAUGAACAGAAUUGCGGAUGAAUUAGCGGAAUUAAAAAGCCAUAUAGUAGAGGGCAAUGUCCAAGAUUAUUCCUCGUCCUCGAGCGAAGAGGAUGGUCUAGAAGAAUCAAGGACAAUUGCCGAUCAGAGCAGCACAUAUUCUGGUCAAUCAGGAAACUCAUUUCUCGAAACACUAUCUCAAAGGUAUGGAACAGGUCAGAACGAAUUUAGUUCACCUGUCUCAAGCUUGAACAAUUUGAAGCCUCAUCAAAAGUCAUUUGCCGCACGAAUGAAAAGGUCUAGCGUCUCUGCACCAUUUUUGGAUGAGCUUUCUAAAAGGGUAUCUAAGGCUGAACCUCUUGAAGAUAACGAAAAAGAACCCAAAUCAAGCUCAACAGAAAAGUCGCACUUACAGAAUGCUGUUGCGGCGACCAUAGAUUCAGCCGAUGGAAAGAAACCUUUCUCCAAUAAAUCUACCACAUCUUCAGAGAACGAGAAAAGGAGUCCUUUGUCAUCGGAAAGUGUUAAUGAAAAAUUAGACUCUGCGCAUGCGCAAGCUCCGCCACCGCCUCCACCACCUCCUCCGCCUCCACUUCCUUCUUUGCUCACCACGGACAACAAAGAGGAAAAAGAUCCCGUGGGAGCUACAAUCCCGCCACCACCACCACCUCCUCCCCCCCCUCCUCUUCUGUUCUCCAAAGGGCCAAAUGGCGAUGCUCUUCCUCCGCCGCCUUUGCCUCCUUCUCUGACUCCACGUUUGCAAUCUCCAUCUCCACCACCACCGCCACCUUUUCCUAUGAUGGGUCAGAAAAGCAGUAGCAGAACGGCGAUUCCUUCUCCCUUAUUACCACAGUCUCCUUCUUUGUUUUCGAGCUAUCCUCGCCCACAAAAGCGGCUCAAACAACUGCAUUGGGAAAAGCUGGAUGCAACAGACAACUCCAUCUGGUCUUCAGGAGAGGCAGAAAAAUUUGCUGGAGAUUUAUAUGAAAAGGGUGUUCUUGCUGAUCUGGAAAAGGCAUUUGUGGCAAGAGAGAUCAAGUCUUUAAAAUCCAGAAAAAAAGACGACCUGCAGAAGAUUUCUUUCCUUUCGCAUGACAUUUCACAGCAAUUUGGUAUAAACUUGCACAUGUUCUCGCAGCUGACCGUUGAUGACUUGAUUUCAAAGAUACUGAAAUGCGACAGAGAACUUUUGAAUACUCCAAGCGUUAUCGAUUUCUUAUCAAAGUCUGAGAUAAUUGAGGUGUCAACAAACUUGGCAAAGAACUACGCUCCUUAUUCGAUUGAUUGGGAAGGUGUCAAAUCAGCCAAGGAUGUGAAACCACCUGAAAAAGAUCCUACAGAUUUACAAAGAGCCGAUCAACUGUAUUUGCAACUAAUGUUUAAUCUUCAACCUUAUUGGGGGUCGCGUAUGAGAGCCUUGAAACUUGUCACUUCAUUUGAACGCGAAUACAGUGAUUUAAUAUCAAAAUUGAGAAAAGUCGAUAAGGCUGUUGCUGCUGUCGAAAAAUCUAACGGAUUGAAGAAUGUUUUCAACGUCAUUUUGGCUGUAGGUAAUUACAUGAACGACACGAACAAACAAGCACAAGGUUUCAAGUUAUCCACUUUACAGAGACUAACAUUUAUUAAGGAUACCAAUAAUAAUAUGACAUUUUUGAAUUAUGUCGAAAAAAUUGUAAGGGAGAAUUAUCCGUCAUUCAAUGAUUUUCUGACAGAACUACAGCCUGUCAUCGAAGUUACAAAAGUCUCAAUUGACCAACUUGUUUCCGAUUGUAUGGAGUUUUGCCAAUCAAUAAUUAAUGUGGAAAGAUCCAUAGAAAUCGGCAACUUGAGCGACUCGUCGAAAUUUCACCCCUCCGAUAGAGUCUUAAGUAAGGUUCUUCCUGCUCUUCCUGAGGCACGGAAGAAAAGUGAUUUACUCGAUGAAGAGGUUCGACUUUCCAUUAUGGAAUUUGAAGGGCUAAUGCAAAGAUACGGUGAGGAUUCUGGUGAUAAAUUUGCAAAGAAUUCUUUUUUCAAAAAGUUCGCCGAUUUCAUUGCUGAAUACAAAAGAGCUCAAACUCAAAAUAUCAAGGCCGAAGAGGAAGAAAGAAUAUACGAGAGGCAUAAGAAGAUGAUCGAAGAACAGCAGAAAAGACUCAAAGAACAGGAAGCUGUGCAAAAUGAAACCAAUUCCGAUUCUGGUGAUAGUAAAGGCUCCGAAGAUAGGCGUGCAAUGAUGGAUAAGUUAUUGGAUCAACUGAAAAACGCUGGUCCCACCAAAUCUGAUCCCUCUUCAGCCAGAAAGCGUGCAAUGAUUAGAAAAAAGCUCACCGCUGACAAAGAUGCGACAGAUCACUUGAUGCAAGAUAUUGACAACGGUGAUGAUACUAUGAUAUAUUCGCCGGAAAAUACUAUGAAAACUCCGAACGCUGUUUUGGAUCAGUCGCCAACACCAGGGGUUGCUGAUGCUCCUAUUGAGGAACAAGAUUCUUAUUCCCCUUCAAAAUCACAAAGAGAAUCUGACUCUGCUCAAGAAGUUAUUGGAGAUCGAGCGAAGGCCUUAUUAAAUGAGUUACGGGGAAGUGAGUUUUCUCCAGAAAAGCGAGACUCUUCUUCGGCAGAACACAGGGAACGGUUAAGAGCACGAAGAAGGAAAACAAAUACGGAGCUGCCAUCUGGCAAUAAGCUACGCUUUUUCGGCGAUGAAGAAGAUGAGGAUAAUAAUGUGACUGCCGACACUCGAUCAGAUUUGCUAAAAGUAGCCGACACCGAAUCACUGGCAGGACCCGAACGACUGGCAAAACCCAAACUUGAUCAGCAUAAUGGCGGCGUCAUUACAGAAACCGAUUGA